AUGGAAUUUUUUUUUUUCAAAAGAAGCUACAGGGGGGAAAAACAGUUUUCGAGUCAGGGGCAUCAAGGGAAUUUCUCGAAAAAUGAAGGUUCAGGGGUUUUUGCUGGAAACCGCAAGCAGGGGCAAAAAGGGAAUUAUCCGAAAAUUGGAAAUUCUGGGGCUUCUGAUGGAAUUCGCUAUCAGGGGUAUAAUGGGAAUAAUCAGGAAAAUUUGGAAUUUAGUUUUGAUAGAGGUGGGAAGACAGGAGGUAAAAAUAGGCAGGUGUAUUAUGGGAAUAUUCAGCCAAUGAAAGGAAAGUCUAAUGAUUCAAAGAUUGAACAGGGGCAAAGUUGGAAAAGUAACAAGGUUAUGGGAAAGAACAAGAAUGGGGGUGAUGUUUCGGAAGUCAAAGGGUUUGUGGGGAAUAAUUCUAUGAGUCGGCCUGACCAGGAAGCUAAAAAAUCAGAAGCAGGGUCCAAAGAUGAAGCUCGGAAGCGAAAGGAAGCAAGAGAAGCGGUUAGGAGCUCAAGAGUGGAAUGA